CGAUUGCAAGUUUUUUACCAGCAAAUAUUUGCUUGUCUUUAUUCUGCUUCCUCACUCCUCCGUAUUGCUCUCUCCAUUGUUCAACAAUGGCUGCAAACUCACCUGAGAUACUCCAUGACUUCUCUCCCAUGAUCCGCGUAUACAAGGACGGCCGAGUCGAAAGAUUAUUAGGCAAAGAUAUUGUAGCUGCAUCGGUGGAUCCAGAAACCGGAACUGAAUCAAAAGAUGUCCAAAUAUCACCAGAACUAAACAUAUCUGCUAGGCUUUACCUGCCCAAAAAAGCCCAACAGGAUAAAAAACUUCCUCUUCUAGUCUACUUCCACGGUGGAGGCUUUGUGGUCGAAUCUGCCUUCUCUCCUCCAUAUCACACGCACCUCAACGCAGUAGCUGCAGAAGCUGGUGUUGUAGCAAUUUCAAUUAACUAUAGGCUCGCCCCCGAGCACCCUCUACCUACUGCUUAUGAAGAUUCUUGGAUUGCAGUCAAAUGGGUUGCUUCUCAUUCUAAUGGCCAGGGUCCUGAGGUAUGGCUCAGGGAUUAUGUUGACUUUGAUAGCGUGUUUUUUGGUGGGGAUAGCGCUGGAGGCAACUUAGCACAUAACAUGGCUUUAAGGGUUGGACUGGAGAAACUGGACGGCAUCAAUCUUGAUGGGAUUUUUCUCAACUGCCCUUAUUUUUGGGGAAAAGAGGCAAUCGGUAUUGAGCUAAAGAACUUAGAGAUGAAGGCCUAUGUUGAGGUCCUCUGGCAUUAUGUUCACCCAAAAUCUGCAGGGGUUGAUGAUCCAUUGAUGAAUCCUGUGAUGGAACCCAACCUUUCGAGGCUAGGCUGCAAAAGGGUGCUGGUUUAUGUUGCGGAAAAGGAUAUUCUGAAAGAAAGGGGGUGGCUUUAUAAAGAAGCUUUGGAGAAGAGUGAGUGGGGCGGAGAUGUGGAGGUUGUGGAAGUUGCAGGGGAAAAUCACGUCUUCAAUUUGUUCUUUCCCAAGGGAGAGAAUGCUUUGUCGCUGCUGAAGAAGUUGGCUGCUUUCAUCAAUAAGAAUGAUGUGUAGAUGCAUCUCUUAAGUGGAUAAUCACUUUGAUUAUUAUUGUCAUUCUCCGAAUCUUUCAUGUACUUAUUUGAAGUUCAUAUGCAAGUGUUUGUUUCAAAAUACACUUAAGAUAUUUGUGGAAUAAUCACCUGUAAUGGUGAGAGAUAAAUGAUGUGGUUUACGGAUGUGAUUCGGUAUAGGAAAUGCAUUCACAUUCACUCA